AACUGAGCGCAGAGAGAGAUCCUGAUACAGAAACUUAUCUUGUAAACCAUGGCUCAAACUGGAGAUGUGUUGCCCACCUAUGAAAUGGCUGAUUCCCAGACCUCAAAGCUGAUAAAGAAGUCAAAGGAGUCUCCAUUUGUGCCGAUAGGAAUGGCUGGAUUCGCUGCAGUGGUAGCCUAUGGGCUAUUCAAACUGAAGAACAGAGGGAACACAAAGAUGUCUGUCCAUCUGAUUCACAUGCGUGUUGGAGCCCAGGGAUUUGUUGUAGGAGCCAUGACAGUUGGUGUCCUUUACUCCAUGUAUAAGGAGUACCUUGCCAAGCCAUCCGAUCAUUGAGUAAACACGUCUGUCCGGACUCCGUUGUGGAAUACACAUAUCCCAUAAACCCCAUAUUGGGGCAGUGUUUUUAUUUUCUCAGUGUAGCAUAUCGCACCUUCUCUGUUGAAGGGUCUGCCUGCAGGGUAUUGCGGGACCCACAGCUGAACCAUAAGAUUUCUCUAUUUUUUUUUUAAUUUAAUCCAGCUCAGUAGUGCAUACAGCGAAAGAACCGAAACAUUGGAUUUACUGGACCUUAAUCUUCAUUGUACUGUCUAGGAACUGUAUUUAUUUUGUAAGUUUAUGUAAAUACAAUUUUAGGAUGAUGUUUCUACAGCAGUGCAGUUGGUUGUUCAAUCACCGACUUCUUUACUGAUAAAUAAUAUCAGUUGUGUUCUGUGUAACUUCUCCACAUAUAAACCACCUAGAAAUCCUAUGUUAGCCCCCCCAUGGUUUUAUUUCUGACAAAUAUUGGUACAGAAAUGCGGGUGUUGAUGCAAAAUGUGUGUGAUAUUAAAAAUAACAGAUCUGUUCUGCUAAA